AGCCGGCGGCCCGGCACGUGACCUGGAACCGGCUCUGUCGCUUGGUGGCUCGGUCCGUCCGUCCGUCCGUCCGUCCGCGGGUGCCAUCAUGGCGGACGCGGCCAGUCAGGUGCUCCUGGGCUCGGGUCUCACCAUCCUGUCCCAGCCGCUCAUGUACGUGAAAGUGCUCAUCCAGGUGGGGUAUGAGCCUCUUCCUCCAACAAUAGGACGAAAUAUUUUUGGGCGGCAAGUGUGUCAGCUUCCUGGUCUCUUUUGUUAUGCUCAACACAUUGCAAGCAUCGAUGGGAGGCGUGGAUUGUUCACAGGCUUAACUCCAAGACUGUGCUCAGGAGUCCUUGGAACUGUGGUCCAUGGUAAAGUUUUACAGUAUUACCAGGAGUGUGACAAACCUGAGGAGUCAGGACAUGGAAAUGGACAAAAAGAAGGCUCAUGUUCCUUUGACCGAGUUAUCAAAGAGACAACUCGAGAGAUGAUCGCUCGUUCUGCUGCUACCCUUAUCACACAUCCCUUCCACGUGAUCACUCUGAGAUCAAUGGUACAAUUCAUUGGCAGAGAAUCUAAGUACUGUGGACUUUGUGACUCUAUAGUGACCAUCUACCGGGAAGAAGGCAUCCUAGGAUUUUUUGCAGGGCUGAUCCCUCGCCUCCUAGGUGACAUCAUUUCUUUGUGGCUCUGUAACUCGCUGGCCUACCUCGUCAAUACCUAUGCACUGGACAGUGGGGUUUCCACCAUGAAUGAAAUGAAAAGUUACUCCCAAGCUGUUACAGGAUUUUUUGCCAGUAUGUUGACAUAUCCCUUUGUGCUUGUAUCUAAUCUUAUGGCUGUGAACAAUUGUGGGCUUGCUGGGGGAUCCCCUCCUUACUCCCCAAUAUAUACUUCCUGGAUAGAUUGUUGGUGCAUUCUACAAAAAGAGGGAAAUAUGAGCCGAGGAAAUAGCUUGUUUUUCCGGAAGGUUCCCUUUGGGAAGACUUACUGUUGUGACCUGAGAAUGUUAAUUUGAAGAUGUGGGGGCAGGGACAGUGACAUUUCUAGAAUCCCAGAUGCAUAGAAUUAUGGGAGAGAAUGUUGAUUUCUAUACAGUGUGGCGCGCGUUUUUAAUAAUCAUUUAAUCUUGGGAAAAAGGA